AUGGCUGCCAACAACUCCCCUGAGAAGCAGUUAACUUCCAUGCUCGAUCGACUCCAAGCAAACGGCGCAUACUCUGAUCUGAAGAUCGUGUGCGGCUCCGACACGUAUCUCGUGCAUCGAAACAUCAUCUGUCCUCAGUCAGAUUUCUUCAGGGCCGCUUGCCGUCCAGACACGUUUGCAGAAGGAAGAACAGGCGUGAUCAACAUCCCUGCCAGCUCUGGUCGCAACGACGAAUUCUUCGCCAAACCCAUCAAGGUUGAGGACUUCGACUGGGAUCUCGACGUCGAAACUACUGAAAGCGUCAAACUCAUGAUCCACUACUUCUAUCAUCACGACUAUCUUGAGCGAGAGACAGCAAAGCUUCAGGGAUUAUUGUUCUACUCCGACGAACACCGCAAAGGAAUCAUGGCCGAGCACUCAAGAAUGUACGCGAUGGGGGAGAAGUAUGGCAUCCCAGGACUAAAGUCUCUGGCGGUCGCCAAGUUCCGGAGAGCGUACGCAGGCGCAACUCACACUGGUCUAGCUGCAAGUCUCGUCAUUGUGUACAAGAGUACACCAGAAUCAGACAAAGGAUUGCGCAGCCUGCUCCUGGGUUUACUCAGCAUCUAUGGCAGGAGGUACAAGGAAAACACAGAGAUCCAACAGAUCAUUUCGAGUAUCCCGGACCUUUGUUAUGGUCUAUACCAGCGAUGCCUCGAGGACAAGAUCCUAUACGAAGAUGAACUGAACGAAGAGGGCAGAUGA